UGAAUGACAUUCUUGACAGGUUACAGAGAGUGACUUGUCAAUUUGUCGAAAAAGAAACUGCAAACAAAAAUUCUGAAACUCAUUCCGGAAACUUACCGAAAUCGUAAAUAUGUCGGUUUUGUGCCCCGAAAUUCCCGCACCUGGCUUUUCUUUUGAAAACUGCCGCAGAAAUGCUAUGCUUGAGGGCAAGGGCCAUGCUAUGCCCAAAGCCCAAAAAACCGGUACCACCAUCGUGGGCAUCAUUUAUAAGGAUGGGGUCAUUUUGGGGGCAGACACUAGGGCCACUGAAGACACCACUGUAGCAGACAAGAAUUGUGAAAAGAUCCAUUAUUUGGCCCCAAAUAUGUAUUGCUGUGGUGCAGGAACUGCAGCAGAUACGGAAAUGACCACACAAAUGGUGUCUUCUCAACUGGAAUUACACAGAUUGUACACUAAUCGUGUUGUAAGGGUGGCUACCGCCAAUCAAAUGUUGAAACAGUAUUUGUUCCGUUAUCAGGGAUAUAUUGGGGCUGCAUUGGUACUUGGAGGUGUUGAUUCCACUGGUUCCCAUCUAUACUCAAUUUACCCACAUGGCUCAACCGAUAAACUUCCAUACACCACCAUGGGUUCUGGAUCAUUAGCUGCAAUGGCGGUGUUCGAGUCUCGUUGGAAACCUGAUAUGGAGGAAGCCGAUGGGAUCCAACUAGUAAGAGAUGCCAUAGCAGCCGGUAUCUUUAACGAUUUGGGGUCAGGUUCUAAUGUUGAUGUUUGCAUUAUUCGCAAUGCUGGCCCAGUGGAUUAUAGGAGAACUUAUGAUGAGGCUAAUAAGAAGGGGGAGAAGCAGAGGUCUUAUAAGUAUCCAAAGGGUACUACAGCCAUUUUGACUACUAAGGUAGUAGAUGUUGAAGAGGUGGCUGUAAGGAAGAUUGAAGGGCAAGACCAAAUGGACACAGCUUAAGAAAUUGCUGAUUAAUUAUAUAUUUAUAAGUAAUUAAAUGGGUUUAUUCAUCAAUUAAAGUUUUUGAUACAAA